AUGAGGGGUGCUGUAGCUCUGCUGGUGUUGCUGCUCUGUCGGUCUGGGACACGGGCUCAGGGAGAGAGUGGAGGGGAUAGAGAGAGUUUGGUGGAGAGCCGCGGGACUGGAGAUACAGAGUUGACUAGCAAACAGACGACCGGCCAGACCAUCACAACGCCUGAUAUCUGGGGUGAGGUAGAGGAGCUUAGAGACGUGGUGGAUAACCUGGGAACCAUGAUUUUGGAGCAGAGAAAGAAGAUGAGGAACAUGGAGAAAAAGAUGGAAAGAAGGUGGAGAGCAAAAUGGCGAAGAGGAUCUGAGGCCAGACUGGAGACUAUGGGGGCCAGACUGAGUGUCAUCGAGAGGGAGGUAGAGGACUCUAAAGAACAGAAUACAGCCAUGGGCGCCAGACUGAGUGCCAGUGAAAGGGAGGUGGGGGAGCUGAAGAGAAUAAAUGCAGCCCUGGAGGCCAGAGCGACAGACAGUGAGAAUGGGAACACAGCCUUAGAGGCCAGACUGGAUGCCAGCGAGGGGAUGGUGGAGGAGCUGAGGAGAGAGAAUGCAGACAGACCAAAGGUGGCCUUCUCUGCUGGUUUGACUAAUGAUGGAUAUUUAGGACCCUUUAAUAGUAUCACCACACUAGUAUACAGAAGGGUCAUCACCAACAUCGGCAAGGCCUACAACCCAAAUACAGGUGUCUUCACAGCCCCAGUGAGAGGACUCUACUACAUCAGAUUCACUGCCAUGGGUCUCAAGGGUCCACCGUCCAUAGAUGCCUAUAUUUACCACAACGACAAGAGUGUCAUGUUCAAUCACCAGAACAAUGACAAUGGGCGUAAUAGGUUCUUGUCUAAUGCGUUGACUCUAGAGCUGGAGGCCGGGGAUGUGGUCUACAUGCGUCUCCCAGUAAAUCAGGAGCUCUAUGAUGAAAAGUCGAGUAACUACAGCACCUUCAGUGGCUUCCUGCUCUUCCCUAUGUGAAGGGAGCA